GCUGCUCACGUAGCUAGUAGCUAGCUUCUUGAGUAUUUUAAUGAUCGGGAAAGUAUUAAAAGACCACACUCGAAUAAAAGUGACUGACCAAUAAUGAGCUGCUUCUCAGCCUAGGAACUGCUUGGUAGAUAGAGGCUACGACGUGAAAAUAUCAGACCUAGGUUCGUAUAGAGAAAUGUACAGUUCAGACUACUGCCAAGUGGGUGGCUCGAGACCUCUGCCAAUUAGAUGGAUGUCGUGGGAAAGCGUUUUACUGGGAAAAUACACGUCAAAGAGUGACGUGUGGUCCUUCGCCGUAUUGCUGUGGGAGAUACUAACCUUCGCUAGAGAACAGCCAUUUGAGGAAUUGAGCGAUAGCAAGGUGAUCGAGAAUAUUACCCAUGUGUACCAUAAUGAUGGGCAGCACGUGCUGCCUAGCUGCCCAAUCAACUGCCCCAAAGAAAUCUACGACCUGAUGUGCGAGUGCUGGCAACGAAGUGAAGCUUUACGUCCAAACUUCCGAGAAAUCCAUCUGUUCCUUCAACGAAAGAGCCUAGGUUUCACACCGGUUGAUGUUCACUGACAAUGAACUGUAUUCUAGUGAUUUAUUCAAAUUUGAAAAUAUACUACCAGGACGUUAUUUAGCUACGGUUCAGCAGAAUGGUUGAGAAAGUUUUUUUUGGCGUAUACGAAAAUGCUAAGGCACGGGGGCGUAGCUAGGAUGCUGGAAUGGGUUUGAGCGAUGUGGUUAUCACGAUUUCAACGAUGUGGUCUAGUGUACAAAUCAUAGGGAAACGUUCUCGUACACUCCCUCAAGAACAGCCUCCUGGUUGCGCCCCUGAUAAGGCAACUAGACUUAUAGAGGCAGAUAAUAUGAGAAGCACGUAUUUUGAUUCUCGCGAGUGACUUAGUUCCAAGUCCAUACGAGUAUGUCGUGCAUUGACGUUUUAUAAAGUUACCAUUUUAAGCUUUUGGGAGUCUGGCAAAGAUUACAAUAAAGAAUAGGAAAUACGUUAGUCACAUCACUAGUUUAUCAACCUUAUCUAUUGAUUCUACGUAUAACUAUGGAAUUCUAUAGAAUGCCGACUGAAUUCCUUGAAAAAAACGUGACUUGUCAACUGCAUUCAACACCAUAAAGUCUGUUACCUAAAUCACACACAAAUAAGCCCAGAGCAAGAACCGUAGUAAGAAAAUAGCUUAAAAGCGUGUCCGUAAAAGGAAAUACUGGAGUUUUACCAGUAGUAAUUUGAAGAGCAGUGAAGAGAAAGUAUAUCAAUAAAUAUUUUAUUAGUAAUGAACUUUCACUUUUCUAAGAGCACGUUCGUAACGUUAAAGUUAUAAGGGUGUAUUUGUAAGGAAAUCAUGCACCUCCCCCUUCAUUCUUGGAUAAGAUUACAUUUCCCUGUGAGGACGGAAAUUUAAUAUCCGUCAGUUACCUUUUUUUUUUUCGUUGUUCAAACCAGUUCACCUAUACUUUGACCGAUAAUCAGAUGAAACUUCAUCCAAUCUUACAGAUGGCACGUCCUUCCUGAUACGCGCCAGAUACAUAUUUAACUGUAUCUUUCAAAAGCUGAUUCGUAGUAUUUAUUUGCAACAGCAGUUCAAUCAAUAAGUUAUAGAGAACAGAUUGAAAAACACGUAAAAGUUACUUAUGCAUCCAUGCAUCUGUAUGGAAAAUUUUAUUUCUAUAUUUGAAAAUAUGAAAUGUUUCUUUUCGAUACUAUGUUGAUCACCGGAAAUGCCCAUAUUUUAGCGAUUUUGUUAUCUGCUGAAAGCCACUGCAACCAAGUCAGCCAAAACGCUGAGUGUACACCCUGAGGAAGAAUCAGGGACAUGUGGCACAGCGAUCUGUAGUUUUUUCGGUAAUCUGGUUUGUUCAUCUAUAUCAUUUUCAUUACGUGAUCGUAGUAACUUCAUCGAAUAUGGUAACUCAAUACCUUUCCACUUCAAACUAGAUACCAUACGAUUAGGCUGACAUUAUAACUAAAAAUUAUCAAAUCAUCAUCGAGCUUUGUAUUAUAUGCGUUUCGACAUCAAAGCUAACCCAUUUUAAUAUUCUCACCUAAGUAUUUCGAAAACUGCGCAUUCUAGAAAACGACAGUAGGGUUCCACGACCUUCAAGGACAUUUCAACCUCAAGUGAAGACUUUCAUGUACAGAAUUGAAAAGAGGGGUACAUUCUAUUUCCGAGCACCACCAUGACCUUGACUAUUGCCUUAAAGGGCCAUUUCAAUGUCAAAUCAAUACAUUGAAAACAAUUUGCUCUAGCAGUUCUGAAGUUUAUGUAGAUUACACAAAGGCAAUCUCGGCCAUGACCUUCGGGGUUGAGCCAAAAUUUUCCAAAUUAAUCCUCUCACUUUACACUGGAAAUUGAAGAAGCGACGACCGAAUGUGACCUCGACCUCAAAAUCAAGGUCGUGUCAAGCUUAAACGUUGAGUAGUGAAUUGCGGCCAAGGUCAUGUUGGAACGUGAAAUCUCCUGCCUUUUCCAUUUCCAGUAUAAAAAUGAGGGCGUUGCCUUUGGAAAUUUUAGCUUGACCGUAAAGGUCAUUCUCGAGGUCAAGGUCAGCUUUGGAUGAUUUUUGCUGGAGCAAAUUGUUUUCGAUGUCUUGAUUUGACUUUGAAAUGGUUUUGAAGACAAUGGUCAAGGUCAUAGCCAAGGUGAUCUGCAGGCAUACAAUUUGUUCCUCUGCCCAAUUCGCACGUGAAAAAGGGGAGAUUCCUUUCACGAAUAUUUACUUGACAUUGAAAAGACCUUGACGGUCGUAGUCAAGGUAUUGUCAAGGUCAUCAACAUUUUUUCCUUUCGAAGCCCUACAAUUCUUGUUUGAAGCUCUUAUUUCAGAAUGCGCAGUUUUCGAAGUAUUUGGGUGGGAAGAUAAAAUGGGACACAGUGUAUUACGGCCCAGUAUCUACAGUGGCGAUUUUUAGUUGAGAGCAGGAAAAUUCAUUUUGGAAACAAUUUUGGAAAUGAUAAGCUAAACUCUUUAGUUCUGUACGUGUUAAGUGUAAGUGAAAUCACAUUAAAUAGUAUUUUUUAUUGGACUUAAUGUUUAUAGCAACUUUUGAGACAGUCAUUGCGCUUAGCGUACAACAUCAAGCAGCAUAAGCUAGAAUGCAUAAGGACAUUUAUAUCGUCUUUGUCGUACGGGACGAUGACGAUUAUGGAAAAUCAGCUUUGGCGAACCAUUGGUGAUGAUGGCAGUCGUCAAAUUUUUCACCUGUUUGUGCUCAAUAUCUUGAUUCAAUCAUUGUUCAAGGCCAUUAUUCUUGGCGCUACGGUAUUGAUGAUCAUACCAGUAUUGUAUUUGCUAUUAUUUUUCUACAAUUUUGGGAAUGUCUUUGGUAGAGGGAAAUUUCCUAAACCGAGCACUUGCCCUAAAGCGGACUCCUGAUGCCAUUGGCUCUGGAAUGUAUGAAACUUCACUAUUGUUAUGUGUAAAUAGUAUCUAAUGUGUUUACUAAGCCGUAGUGAAGCUCAUGCGCAGCUCCCGUCACGUGCAGCUUUUCUAAACACGUGUUUUGAUAGUGGGAAAGCUUUUUGCGGAGUGCUGCGGUUUUCAUGAUUGUUUCUAGAUAUUUUCAAGUAAGGUUCGUCUUUCUCGUGGUUAAUUUAGUCAUGUGACCGAAAUUUCAUGUUUUUGACUUCAGUCGUGCAAACCAGGUCCCAUUUUUAUGCCAAAAUCUUUUAAAAUUCCUUGUAAAUUAGAAAAGUAUAAUAAGAUAAAACAACUGAGUCCUUGCUAAUGGGUUCUGGAAAAAGAAGACAGGAUGAAAGAAGUUGGGAAGCCAGGAGUUUUGCUUUUAAGAAGUUUUCAACGAGCUAAGCGAAGUGUGGAGUAAAUGCCGCUUAACAUUACAAAGUAAACGUUGCAUAAUUUUGAGACCUAGUCUUAGCAUUUCUGUAUUUCUGUGAUCGAUAACAAAAUGGAGGUCCGGUUUUGAUCACUUUACCUUUAUUGUUAUUAAUAUCAUUUGACAAUUGUUGAACGACCUCAUAUAGCUUAACCAGGACCGUACCUUAACUUCGAUUCCAUAUCCCCCUCAAAAAAAGAUAUGUAGAUAUGCUCAAUAGGUUUUGAAAAUAUCCCCUGCUAUACUAGUCCCACAUGGUUGUAUUCUCGAGCGUUAUUCGCAGCACAAAGCUAGUUUUUAGUGCACUUUUUAGUUUACUACUCUACCUUGUAUAUUUCUGUGAAUAAAAUAACUAUCUUCUUAUAUAUGAUUAGAUGUAAGAUAGUAUGGAAAGGAAAUAUUGAAACGCAAUCACUGUAUAUUCAAUUAGUGAAGUAGUUAAAAAACAUUUUAUCAGAUUAAGUACGUCUAUGCGAGGUUAACGAUAAUGUUUUGCAGCGCUUGUCAUCUAACAUCAGGUGGAAUAAGCUCCGGCAAAACAGCAAUGCGAUAUAUUACAAUCAAAUAAAAAAUAUACAAUGUUUUCUUUGAACAACUUUGGCAUCCCGAAAUAACGUGUUUGAUUUCGCAUUUCAAUUGCCAUCACUACUUUUGAAGAGAAACUAAUUUGUGUAUUUAUCGUGAGAUCCUAUCCCUUUACGAAAAUAUGGGUCUGUUGUAAUUUCACAAUGUCCCUAAGACAAAGUUUCCAAUAGAAAUUGUUGAACCUUCAGUAUAAUGUUAUUCAGAAAACAUUUCCUCUUCUCUUUUCCAUGAGAAGCGUGUGUGUCAUUUUAAUACUUUUAACUUUAGAAGUAUUGCCAUUAUUUGUGGAACCCUGCUGUACGGUGCUUCUGGAAAUGGACCCUCUAGAGUAUAUCUUGAAGCUGGUUCCUGGGAGAAAAAGUAGCCUAUGUGGUAUUCCAGACUAUAAUAUAUCUCGUAACAAAUUUCACCCACAUCCAUUUAGUCACUUUGGCGCGAUUGGGUAACAAACAUCCACAUUUUCUUAUUAACAAUGUUACUAGGGAUUCAUGCAGCAAUUUCAGCUUGCUAUCUCGAUCCGUUCAAGAAAUGAAAUAGCGGGCAACUUCUUGACUAACUAUAUAAUUAUUUUAUUAAGUUACUGUGCUAAAUUCAAAAAUAUAAUAAAAUUGGAUACUGCUAAAAUUUCAUCAUCUUGGAAGCAUGUCUCUAUACGCUUGACAAUCAGAUAGAUUAUUUCUCGUAUCAAUAAAAAAUGUAUUCCACAAGAUUUUGAAUAAAUAUAGAGUUCCACGUAAGAAUGGUCGUUAAUGAAUUAAAUAUUGCAACAUGGUGCUAAUUAGGGAAAUUUGUCCCAAACUGUAACAUCAUGUGUAAUGAAUUUGUUUAAAAAAUGUACCAUACUAAAGAAAUAUUAAAUUCAAAAAUUUGCGUACUUUUUACCAUACUAGCGCUCUUCCCAGAGCAUUUUUCAUACAUUCCUUCAACAGUUUGAGUGAUAUUUUAGAAAUUUAUUUCGAAUACGAAAUAUUCUGCUUGCUACAUUUUUGGUCUAUUUCCAUAAUAUAAACCAUAGAGCUCAUUGCACCUGAACUAUUAAGAAGCAUAUGUUUUUAAACUAUGUAUAUUUGUUAAACAAUCCUGUUUGGAGUGAUUUCAGCUGUAGGCCACCAUGCUGGUGCAAGCAGAAUUGCAGUGGUGAUAAACUCAAUGUAAAUAUGUAUCUAAUCACUAGAAACGCUGAACUUUUGGGUUUUUGUACAUUGAUACAUGAAUAAAUAUAUUCCAAAUGGUUUGUUAAAACUGGUAAAUUGGACC